CAUGAACAUAUGAGCAGAUCUUUUGAAUCACAAGUUAACCAAUCGUUGAUUAUAAAUUAGUAUUAAUCACAUCCAUGAUAGGUUUCAUCAAUAGGAGUCAGGAAUUUCAAACAACUGUGGAUACAUUUCAGCUCAUAUUCUCAACAACCAGAAAAAUAUUGAAUAAAGAUGCGCUCAUCUACGUCUAUGAUUGGUUAACAAUGAACAUACGAUUUUACCACGUAUAUUCAUCUUAAUGGUCAGUUUGAAUCAUCGAAUCAGUUGUAAACAACCUUACACUUCAAAAUUCUAUAUAAACCUGACACGUUCUAUUCAAAUAUGACUUACUACUUUGAACAAGAAGAUGAGGUGAGUGUUGACUGAACAUACGAAUUCAAUUUGAAACUCAACACAACGAGAUUACGUUGUUUAUUUCAUCUGAACCAUUUUAGACACAACAUUUUAUCUUCUCAAUGGAUGUCAUUCUUCUUAAUUAUCAUCUGCGUUGCCGAGUUCUUCGAAUGCCAGGAUGUCUGCAAUCAAACUGGAUGGAUGACUUCAGGAAAAAUAAUUUCUGAAAAUAGUUCUUAUCGAUAUUCUCAGCAUUAUAUGUAUUUACAAAGCAUCAGUAUUAAUCAGACUCAGCCAUCUGUGAUUACAAGUUUGGAUAAAUACAAUAAAACUUUGUUUCUUGAACCACAACUGUCGCUUAAAUUUUACAAUAGUAACGUCACACGUUUCGAUAUUUACACCGAUAGUGGCAUAGAUAUACACGGAGAACAAUACGUCGGAUAUAUUGAGGCUUUCAAUGCAAAGAAUAUAAGUUUUGAAUUUGCGAUUUUGAAUAAGAAGGACUUAUUUGCUGUCAAAUGGUUUAUUGAUAAAGAAGUUGAUGGUAAACAAUUUACAGCCGAGGUAACUUGCCUAAUACAUCCGAAUGGGAAGAUAGUUUUCUAUUAUGAUAAAGUUUCAACGGAAAUUAAAACAAUUGAUUGGAAACCGAAAAUCGGAUGUGGAGGAACACCUCAAAUAGUUACUCCUGAAACAUGGAUCAAUAGUGGCACGAUGGUGGAAUAUGAACUCAUAGGAGACUAUUGUCCAAAAUACACUUCACCUGAAGCAUGCCAAAACGCAACAACAUCGGACAUAACUUGUUUUUGGUGUGAUAAAGUGAAGCUAUGCAUUGAUAGUACUGACAAGGAUGCUCAUAACAUGAAAGUUAAUAAAUGCCGUGUUAAGCAUAACCCAGAUGUGAACGAUUUGAGUACACAAACACCCACUAAACACAUUGAAACAACAUCAAGCGCUGGUGAAUUUCCGGUUACAGAAAGCCCCAAGGGAACUACAGAAGAAACUAAUCAACACUCGAACACGACUACUGAAGAGAAUGUAGAGAAGAAAUCACUAUGGUACUUGUAUAUCGUGAUUCCUUUAGUCAUCAUUUUCUUUGUUGUAUGUGUUGGUUUAAUAAUUUGGAGAUGGCUACAUCAAAGAAAGUGAAGUAACAGAUGAUUCUCACAAAUGUCUUAUAACUUCGUUUGAUUAUUUCAAAUUGUUUCCAUGUAGUACUUCUUUAGAACACUUUCCAUAUCAUUAUUCAUUUCAAUAGUUUGGACAAUUUCUUUAUGUAAUUAUGUACAUUCUUAUGAUUGUUUACUUAACAACUUAUGUAAUGUUGUUGACAAAAUAUAGAAACUGGAUUUUUACUGUUUGCGUUAUUGUCUUCAUUGAAUAGAAACUGUGUAGCGUCAAAUAAAUCCCCCAAAUAAAUAGCUCAACAACCCCUGCAAUCGCUAGCCAGAU